UUUCCCGCCACUUGGUUCCGGUUGCGGUUGUUUUUGUCGAGUUGCAGGUCCGAGGGAGGAAGAGGAGGGUGUCCUUGGUCCUCUUUUGAGCCUUGGUGGUUUUCUUGAAGACGUUGCAUGAUCAAACUAGCUGUACAAAGGUUGUCUGGACCAUGGAAAAUUCCUCGAGCUCCUCUAGAAAUGAAGAUUGCGAUGAUCCAGAGUUACAGUGGGAUCGAGUGAUGACCGAAAAAGACUGGCUAAAUUGCUGGGAAACAAACAAUAUUGGAUUUCAUAAAAAGGAAGAACAUCAAUUCCUGAAGAAAUACUUGGAUAUCUUUGUCAAUGGCAGGAAGGAAUUAAGAAUAUUUUUUCCACUUUGUGGGAAAGCUGUUGAAAUGAAAUGGUUAGCUGACAUGGGACACCAUGUGGUUGGUGUGGAAAUUAGUGAAAAUGCAUUGAAGGACUUUUUCAUGGAACAAAAUCUUUCAUUUUCAGAAGAAAUAGUUCCAGAAAUCCCUGGAGCUAAAUUAUUGAAGUGCACAUCUCUGAAUAUUUGUCUCUAUUGUUGCAAUCUAUAUGAUUUAACCAGCUCUAUUGCUGGUCAUUUUGAUGGGAUUUGGGACAGAGGUUCUCUAGUAGCUGUCAACCCUUCUGAGAGAGAACGCUAUGCCCAGUUGAUACUAUCACUAAUGAACAGAAUGUGUCGCUGCCUUCUAGUUACUUUGUUAUAUGAUGCAAGGAAACACAAAGGUCCACCAUUCUAUGUUGCUGAUUCAGACGUGAAAAGUUUAUUUGGAAAAGACUGCGAUAUUCAAUGUCUUGAAAAAGUCUAUAGUUUGGAAGAGCGACAUAAGAAGUGGGGUUUAGAUUAUUUAUGGGAGGUUUUAUACUUGAUUAUAUUGAAAGAACCGAGAUGACUCCUAGACCUACUCCUCGAGGAUGAGAAAAACCACUUGGUUGCCAUACACCAUAAUGUUUCUGGUCUGAGGAUCAAUCAUUCUUCAGAUAGUUUCUUCUAUUAUCAACAUCUCUGAGAAUGUUUCUGAUCUGAGGAUCAAUCAUUCUUCAGAUACUUUCUUCUAUUAUCAAUAUCUCUGAGAAUAAUUUUCUUGAAAUUUGCCUUUGCAAAUAAACCUACAUUGUUAAAAUGGAA